UCGUCCAUCAUCGUCUUUCGAUCUCGAUCUCAUCCUCUUUCUGAUUCCCGUUCAUCUCUUUCUGGAAGGCUGUGUCGAUCAUGGAGAUGGAGCGAGUGGUAGAGUUUCCACAUGCGCACAUGGAUCGUAGGCCCCGAAAGAGGCCUCGAUUGGGUUGGGACGUCGCUCCCGACGAUCCUAAGGCUCAGCUAGCAUUGUUUUGUCGACAAGAGGUUGGGAAUGUGUCAAGCUUUGCAUCUUCAAUGGCACUCUCGGACCAUAUCUAUUCCUCUUUCAUAGUUAAGGAGGUUGCUCGAAAUGGUUCUCCCCCUUGGCGAGAAGAUGACAAAGAUGGGCAUUACAUGUUUGCGCUUGGCGAAAAUUUAACUUCUCGCUAUAAGAUACACAGCAAAAUGGGUGAAGGCACUUUUGGCCAGGUUCUGGAAUGUUGGGAUAGAGAAAGGGAAGAAAUGGUUGCCAUUAAAAUUGUUCGUGGUGUUAAAAAGUAUCGUGAUGCUGCUAUGAUAGAAGUUGAUGUAUUGCAGCAGCUAGGAAAACAUGAUAAAGGUGGCAACCGUUGUGUGCAAAUACGGAACUGGUUUGACUAUCGUAACCAUGUUUGUAUUGUGUUUGAGAAGCUUGGACCGAGCUUAUACGAUUUUCUUCGGAAAAACAAUUACCGCUCAUUUCCCAUUGAUCUUGUUCGCGAGAUUGGCAGACAACUUUUGGAAUGUAUAGCAUUUAUGCAUGAUUUAUGCCUUAUUCACACUGACUUGAAGCCUGAGAACAUUCUCCUGGUGUCUCCAGAGUAUGUAAAAAUUCCUGAUUACAAGAUUUCUUCGCGGUCUCCGAAGGAUGGUUCAUACUUUAAAAGGGUGCCAAAAUCUAGUGCCAUUAAGGUAAUUGAUUUUGGCAGUGCAACUUAUGACCGCAAGGAUCAGAAUUACAUUGUGUCUACCCGACACUAUCGGGCACCUGAAGUUAUACUGGGGCAUGGGUGGAGUUAUCCUUGUGACAUUUGGAGUAUUGGUUGUAUUUUAGUGGAGUUGUGCUCGGGAGAUGCUUUGUUCCAAACGCAUGAGAACCUAGAACAUCUUGCCAUGAUGGAAAGGGUGCUUGGUUCUUUCCCACAACACAUGUUGAAAAGAGUAGACCGCAACGCGGAGAAGUAUGUGAGAAGGGGACGGUUGGACUGGCCAGAAGGUUCGACCUCGCGAGAAAGUAUCAAGGCUGUUCAGAAGCUUCCUCGGCUUCAGAACUUAAUUAUGCAGCAAGUAGAUCAUUCAGCUGGGGAUUUGAUACAUCUCUUGCAAGGGCUUCUAAGGUAUGAUCCCACAGAGAGGUUGACAGCAUGGGAUGCCCUCAGUCAUCCGUUUUUCACGAGGAGCGGCGGCCAUUUAAGGAGGACAUAAGGCUAGUGCAGAGCUUUGCCCCUUGAUGAGUGUAUAGUGUGCGGGAAUUCUUGUGUCCUCGUUAAAAAAAAAAAAAAAAAAGAGUUGAAGGCUCUUUCUCAACUAUUGUAAAUAUGCUAACCCUGGAUCAUUAAAAGUAACUUGGUUCUGCUGGA